CUCCGAUAGGAAAACUUGCCUAUGACACAACCACCACCACCACCAUCACCAACCACUUGUGUCUUACAUCCACAAGAAUCGCAAUGUCGCAAGAAUUCCCCGAGGUUCAGGGAGGAGGCUCCUUGAUCAUUGCCUGGCAAGCAAAGAAUAAACAUAUCCUAGUAGUCGGUGGGGGAGAGGUCGCAGCCGGUCGCAUCCUGCACGCUCUCAACGCCGACGCCCACGUGACGGUCGUGUGCCCGGCGGCCGGCCUGAACGCCGAGGUCGCCCACCGGGUGGCCCAGUGCCAGGUGAGGCACGUCGACCGGGCCUUCGCGCCCCAAGACCUCGACACGGCCGACAUGGUGCUGUGCGCCAUCGACGACCCGGCGGCCUCGACGCGCGUCUGGCAGCUCUGCCAGGCGAAGCGCAUCCCCGCCAACAUCGCCGACGUGCCCCCGGAGUGCGACUUCUACUUCGGCAGCAUGCACCGCGACGGGCCCCUCCAGGUCAUGGUCAGCACCAACGGCAACGGGCCCCGGCUGGCCAGCCUCGUCCGCAAGAAGAUCGCCGCCGCCCUGCCGGCCAACAUGGGCGCCGCCAUCGAGAACGUCGGCCUGCUGCGCCGGAAGCUGCGCGAGACGGCGCCUCUCGUCGAGGAGGGGCCGAAGCGCAUGAAGUGGAUGUCGGGGGUUUGUGAGUCGUGGAGCUUGGAGGAUCUCGUCGAGAUGGACGAGCGCGAUAUGGACGCGCUGCUGGCUUUCUAUGCCUCCGGGGAGAUUCCCCCGUUGAAGGAGAUUCGGGCCAAGGCUCCGGGGAAUUGAGAACGGCACAUAUAUAUUCUACGGGGAUCGGCGCUACGUGGUUAUGGUUGUAUGAUAUGCUGGGCUUGGGUUGGUUGGGAUUCGGUGAGUAUUACAAGACAGUCAGUAGCCGAAGUCGGCCGGUUCUGCGAUUGCGCGACAGGAGGCAUACUCGCGAGGAUUUCUACCAAGCUGAAGUGAAAUGGGCUUACUAUGGUUCAUACAAAUCCCCACUCCGGACCUCAACUGAGAGCUACGCUUGAAAGACCAGUCUCGCUGCGAGAGUGGGCGACGGGCAACAGGACUGAAAAUAACCCCCUGCAACGCUUCCAUGAAGAUGGUAUUUUGUACAUACAUAUAUAGAGAGCCCGCUUGCACAAAAUAUG